AAGAUGGCGUUGCUCGCAAGCUGACUGAGUUAGCAUCAUUCGGUGAUGUUGCGAAAAGAUUCAGCUGGAGCCCUCGGCCAGAAUGUUGGGAGCAUAAAUUCGUGAAAUGGUGUUCCGUGAGUCUACAGAAAGAUUCCCCGACGUUCGCCUUGGCUCGGAGCCGAUCUCUAUCCAUUGUCGCUAAGUGCCGAACUGUUUACGUGCUAAAUCCCGACUUCAUUGAUAUUUGAAAGAGCUCCUCGAGCGCAACGCGCCCCACUGACAGCACGAUUCGAGUGUCAGAGCCACAUGGAGGAGGACAAGAGCGACUCCGCAAAUAUGGAGUACGAGACUGUUCAACUAGAAGGUCUAGAGCUCGCCGAGAGUAAUGAGCACCACCUUCUAGUGUGUGCCUCGGACUCAGUUCUCGAAAACGUCGAUGUUUUCCAUUGCGCUGAAUGCGGUAGAGAGUACAAAUCUCGGGAUGGCUUACGGACACACGUUCGUAAAGUCCACACCGGGAUAAAACAGAAGGCCUCGCAGGACCAGAGCUGCCUGGAACCUAAUUGUGAAGCGUCAUUCCAUACCAAAGCGGAACUAUGUAGUCAUUUAGAAAAUCAUCAUGGGCUCCAAUUCGAACACAUCUCGGUCGUAUUGCCAACCGCUCCUCGAUUCUACGCGUGGAUGGAGGAGUUCCAAGAGUCGUCCGGAAUUCGAUUCGUACGCACCUGCGGCACGAAGCAGUUCGUCAAAACCGGCACUCGAAUGCACUUCGUAUGCCAUCGCAGUGGGAAAUGUCGAGGGAAAACAACAUCCGUACGUAUGAGGAAAGAACGCGCGCACGGUCCCGUAAAGCUCGGUAUCCAAUGCGUGGUGCAUUUGCGAGCCGUAGAGAAGCCGAACGGAUCGGUCGAAGUCGACGGAUGCGUCUCGCACUAUGGUCAUGCGACGGACGAGCAGCUCAUGUCUCUGUUGGCCAUGCACCGUUGUCGGAUCGCACGCUUCAUAAACUUAGGUCAACCCGCGCACCGAGUCGCAGAGAUGCUCAAGCAACUCGCCGAUCCUACGACGCCGUUAGCCCGCAUCGCAUCCUCUGACGUUCGGAACAUAGAGCAGUGCUUCGGAAAACAAUUCAGCGAGGUGGUGGCCAGUUAUCUAUUCGAAGCAGUCGGGCUCCUGCUCCUCAGCAAUCCCAAUGUGGUCCUCGUUCACAAGCCCGUCGAUUCAGAGGCCGAUGGAAUGGAUCCCUCGGAAUUCUACGGAGUUCUCAUGACGCCCAACCAGCUCGAGACGUUCAACGAUUACUCGGACAGUAUCAUCGCCGUCUGCAUGGACACCGUCUGUCAUUUCAGUUUCAGUAUCGUCACCAUGAAUUGCUACGUGCGCAAGAAUGACACGAAUUUUGUUUUCCCUCUCGCCUGGUUCAUAACUAGCGCCAGCAAGCCCCAGGUUUACAUACAAACGUUCUAUUAUGCCGUGGUUGGACAAACAGGCAGAUUUCAUUGCAAUUACUUCUUUUCGGACGAUCACGAUGAGUACUUUGUCCAGUUCAUCCAUACCUUCGGCGGGGACAAAGUUCCGAAGAAACAAGUGAAUCUAUGGCACAUGAAAAACAUGAUGGAACUAGCGCUCUUCCAACACUUGGUGGAGCCGAGCAAAGUUUACAAUAUCGGGUGUCUGCUCGAUGGCAUCUUCCGGUGUCCGAUCUCUAUCGCAGCCUUCUCGAAGAACUUGGCGCAAAUACAAGAAGUCGUCGCGACCGAUAACAUUCCUCAAAUAUUCAUCGACUAUUUCGAUACCGUGAUCGUGAACCGGACGAUGCUCUGGGCUCCCUGCUACAUGGGAGAAGAGAGCGCGGAAAUCCACGAGGAAUUCGAGCGGGAGCACACCACCAUGCUCCAUUUUCUUGAUCACAUGGUCAUGAAUCGCUGGGGACAAAAAAUCCUCACCAGCCUGAUUUCGUAUACUUCGCCUUAUAAGAUCGAGAACCUCGAACUCAAGACUGAAGCCACCCCGGAAGACACCGACAGCCAACAAAGCCUUGAAACGGCGGAAGCCAAGGAGUAUGUUUUGAAGUGUAACGAGGAGCUUUUCACCGUGACGAAUACCGGGAAAACCUGUGAUCCCAGCUGUGGUUCCCGAUGUCAAUGCUGCUCGCUCUGUAUCCAUGAGUUCACCUGUUCUUCUUGCUGGCAGGAUCAGCCUCAUAUUUGUGAGCAUAUUCACACAAUCAACGAUUUCCGGAAGCAGAGUAAUUCCGACGCAGUCGAAGUUGUUGCCGAGAAACCUCCACCCAAACCUCUGAAGGAACGCUUCAGCCAACACGCCGAGAAACUCGAGCUCAUUGUGGCGGAAGCUCGGCAUUUGCAGAUGUUGUUGGAAGAGCCCGAGACCGACGAAAUCAGGAAACUCUAUGCCCAACAAUUACAAUACAUGCAAAACAAGCUCGCAAGCCUCAGUGGCGCAGCUCUGAGCAGUGUAGCGAACAGAACCGGCUUGACCGAAGAAAAUCUUCACUGGAUGACGCACAACCCACAAAUAUUCUCGAUAGAGCCGAAAGGGAAAUUACCCAUCAUGGUUCCUCGUGAGGUGUCGAUCGACAUGGUUCCCGCUGGCAGUUACGUUAGGUGGCUCGUGAAUGUAAAUAGGCAUCAGAUACCAAUUGAAGACACGAGCGAUUUGAUCCGCAUCAUUCUUAGCAAUCCCGGAAAACAAACUGCAGCUUUAUUGUUGUCGAAUGGCGAGAAGGCCAAAAUGGCCGUACUCGGCAAGAGAUCGAUGGACUCUGGCGAGGAUAGCGGAUCUAGCGGAAUCAAAUCUGCAAUCUUCAACUUCCAAUCGCUUCUGACUGUCAUCUUGUUGGUGAUUUGUACCUGCGCCUACGUCAGAUCGCUGUACCCGUCUCUCCUGGACAAAAAUAAGCAAGGGUUGCGAGGAACUUUUUGGAAAUUCGCUCGGGUAGGAGAGCGGCUGAGUCCUUGGGUAUCGCUCGCCUGCUUGGGGAUGGCUUUCUGCAACCUGUUCAUGUCAUGA